CCCAAUAAUGGUGAACAAAGCAAAGAAGAAGACGAAGAGAGAGAGAAGAUGAAAUGAAAAGCCCCAUCCACCACAGAAUAAUAGUAGAAAACUAUCUUUGGCCCUCAACCCUAGAUUUCCUUCCCCUUUAUAUCUUCACAAAUCCAUUAGAACCACUGCAGCACAACAACCCCAAACAAAGCAAGAAAAUGCAGAACCUCCAUGGCUUACUCUGUUUCUUCCUCGUGUCUGCAAUGGCAUAUCCAUGGAGGAGCCAAGCCCAAGAAGCCGCCGGCCUAGGAUUCAGGCAAGCCAAGAAUUACGAGGGUUCCUCCGACCUUGUAAAUGUGCAGUAUCACAUGGGUCCUGUGUUGGCAUCCCCUGUUGUCAAUCUCUACAUCAUCUGGUACGGCCAAUGGAGCCGAACCCAGCAAGCCACCGUCAGAGAUUUCGUCCACUCCAUCUCCGUUCCGUCUCUUCCGCACCCUUCCGUCUCUGACUGGUGGCAGACGGUGCGCCUCUACGCCGACCAGACGGGAUCUAACAUCACCGGGAAAAUCAACCUCGCCGGCGAAUUCCACGACGCCGGCUACUCCCACGGCAGGGUCCUGGCCCGCACGACGAUGCAAUCCAUCAUCAAGUCCGCCGCCGGCAGGGGGAUGCCGCUCGACCCUCGGGACGGGGCCUACCUCGUGCUCACGUCCGGUGACGUUUCGGUUCAGGAAUUUUGUCGAGCAGUUUGUGGGUUCCAUUACUUCACUUUCCCGACCGUCGUCGGCGCCAUCGUGCCGUACGCUUGGGUCGGUUACAGCGGGACCCAGUGCCCCGGGAUGUGCGCUUACCCGUUCGCCUGGCCCACUUACUCCGGGAAGCCGCCGCCGGGCGGGUCGAGCGGAGGAGGGAACAACCUAAUGAAGCCCCCCAAUGGGGAUGCUGGAAUGGACGGGAUGAUCAGCGUCAUUGCUCACGAGCUGGCGGAAAUGUCGAGCAACCCGCUCGUCAACGCCUGGUAUGCUGGGGAUGACCCUAUGAAUCCGACGGAGAUCGCGGACUUGUGCCUGGGAAUCUACGGUACCGGCGCCGGAGGAGGGUACGUUGGGCAAGUGAUGAAGGACACCUGGGGAGAUGGGUACAAUGUGAAUGGGGUGAAGGGGAGGAAGUUCUUGGUGCAGUGGGUGUGGAACCCUUCCAGGAGAAGGUGCUUUGGCCCAAAUGCCAUGGAUUAGGAAGCUCCAUCAAUGGCGGUCAUGAUCUCAAUGGUUGCUGUGAAUGAUGUUUGCUUCUUUUCCUCUUAGUAGUGUAGACAGAAAUGCUUUCCAAGUAGAAAUGGCAGAGUGAUGCUGUUAUAGGCAUGACAUUCCUGUUAGAAGAACAAGAUGGAGAAGAGGAAGAAGAAGAAGCAUUGAGGGUUUGGUCAACGGAAGCUUCAUAUUCAUGAAUGUUGUAGAGAAACCUGAAAUUCUCAACAGAGUUCUAUUCUAUUGUAUAACAAGCCCACCUUCCUUCUUACUACAGCAUUCCAAGGCUCUAUCUCAUUAUCAUUUUA